AUGGAGGAUACGAUUUCAAACCCUAGUAUGGAGCCUCAGCUAUUCUCUGUUGAUCCAAUUUCUCUCUUACUCUCUCAAAACUCCGAUUUCAAUCUCUACGGGUUCGAGAGAGGACCCAGAUAUGGCGAAUACGCGAAAUUACGAGAAUCGAAGCUUCGAUUGAAACGAGAGUACGAGAAGAUUCUCAAGGAAGAAGAAGAGAGGUUUUUCGGCGGAGAUCAGGCGAGGAAGAAGCCGGCGACGAGACAAACGAGAUUCGGUUUUAAAGGAGAAGAUGAAAUUAGGGUUUUUUCGCCGGAGAAGAAGAGUAAUCAGACGAGAUUUGGAUUUAACUACAAUCCGGCGGCGAAUCCGAUUCCGAAUCCGCGGAGACUCUCAUCUUCGGUGGCCCAAUCUGUGCCUGAUUUCUCCGCCAUGAUUCGUAAGGAAAAUCGCCGGCCGGCUAAUUCGAAUUUGCUUCCCCGAAGAGUAGAACUCACUCCGCCGCCGACGAAGAGCAAAAACGCCUCCGUUUUCGCCGGAUCUUCCACGAGAGGAAGCAUAUCGGCGAGUGCGGGAGACAAGAAGAGCAAAGCGAUGAUGGGGAUGGCGCGUAAGAGCUACGCGAAUGUCGAAGAUCUCAAAAAAAUCUCCAUGGUCGCAGCUUCCGCCAUCAACGGCGUCGCCGGCGGUGAUAGAAGGAAAUCAAUCGGCGGAGGAAGAAAAUCCAUCGGCGGCGGUGGUCGGACUAUUCUGGGUCACAGACAAGUUUACUGA